ACAACGCGUCACAAAAUCAUACGCAGAACAUAACACAGCAACCAUGGCGGACGCAGCAGGCGCAUCCGCUCCCACAGAGCCCAUGGCCAACCUCCAUCUCGACGAGGUCACCGGCGAAAUGGUCUCCAAGUCCGAAUUGAAGAAGCGCAACAAGCAGAGACAGAAGGAAGAAGAGAAGAGAGCGCGUGAGGCAGCAGCACCUCCCAAGCCUGUUGCGGCCAAGAAGUCAAAUGCCGAGGCUGACGAGAAGGAAUUGAAUCCAAAUCAAUACUUCGAGAUUCGAUCCCGCAACAUCAACAAGCUCCGAACCACCAAGAACCCAAACCCAUAUCCUCACAAGUUCCAUACAAACUAUGAUCUGCGGGAUUUUGUCAAGGAUUAUGGCUCCCUCAAGUCCGGAGAGCACAAGAAGGACAAGGAGAUCCGAAUUGGUGCUAGAAUCUACAACAAGCGCGCGUCCGGAAACAAGCUGGUAUUCUACGACGUCCGGACUGAGGGCGUUAAGAUCCAAGUAAUGUGUCAAAUGCAAGAGGCAAAGGAAGGAGGCGUUCCGUUCGAGGAGCAGCAUGAGCAUCUUCGACGCGGCGACAUCAUUGGCAUUGUUGGCUACCCAGGACGAACCGCACCCAAGAACAAGAUUGAGAAGGGAGAGGAAGGAGAACUGUCUAUCUUUGCGACGGAAAUCAUUCUUCUGACACCAUGUCUACACCAACUUCCGGACGAAUACUAUGGGUUCAAGGAUCAAGAGCAAAGACACCGCAAGCGUUAUCUGGAUUUGAUUAUGAAUGAUCCAACCCGAAACGUCUUCAUCACAAGGUCCAAGAUGGUCACCUAUAUCCGCAGGUACUUCGAUGAUAAGGACUUUGUCGAGGUCGAGACGCCCAUGAUGAACCCUAUCGCAGGAGGGGCAACAGCCAAGCCGUUCGUAACUCACCACAACGACCUCGACAUGAACAUGUUCAUGCGUGUUGCUCCUGAGCUAUACCUCAAAAUGCUCGUGGUUGGCGGUCUAAACCGUGUCUACGAGAUGGGCCGCCAAUUCCGUAACGAAGGCAUCGACCUAACCCACAACCCAGAAUUCACAACCUGCGAGUUCUACAUGGCCUACGCAGACGUCUACGACAUCAUGGACAUGACCGAAGAACUCGUCUCAGGCCUCGUCAAGCACGUAACGGGUGGCACCACCACCAAGUUCCACACUCAACACGGCGAAGAGUACGAAGUAAACUGGAAGGCCCCCUGGCGCCGAGUCGAAAUGAUUCCUGCUCUUGAAGAAGCAACGGGCGAAAAGUUCCCCCCAGGCGAGCAACUACACACCAAGGAAACCAACGACUUCCUUAAGGGCGUGCUCAAGAAGAUGAAGGUCGACUGCUCGCCACCCCUCACCAACGCCCGCAUGCUGGACAAGCUAGUCGGCGAGUUCAUCGAGGAGACCUGCGUGAACCCGACCUUCAUCACCGGACACCCGCAGAUGAUGAGUCCGCUUGCCAAGUACCACCGCAGCAACCCAGGUCUCUGCGAGCGCUUUGAAGCCUUCGUCUGCAAGAAGGAGAUCGUGAACGCUUAUACCGAGUUAAACGACCCCUUUGAUCAACGACUGCGCUUUGAAGAGCAAGCACGGCAAAAGGACCAAGGAGACGACGAGGCGCAAAUGAUCGACGAGAACUUUUGCCAGAGUCUUGAGUUCGGACUUCCUCCGACUGGUGGAUGGGGAAUGGGUAUUGAUCGAUUAGUCAUGUUCCUGACGGAUAACUAUAGUAUUAAGGAGGUGUUGGCGUUCCCGUUCAUGAAGGAAGAUGUUAGCAUGAAGAAGGAGAAGUUAGCGGCGGAGGAGGUGGGCAUCCAGCCUGUGGCUGAGGAGGGGAUCCCGCACAAGUAGAUGAUCCGAGUCGGG